AUGCAAACAUGUCAACUUUGCUUCAAAAAUACAGCGUUGAUUUAAUUAAUUUGCUCUCAUCAUAUUUGCCUCAAAUGCACAAAUAAAAAUAAAUAAUUGUAAUAAAGGUACUUCUUUAUCAUUUAUAUAUCAAAAAGCUAAUUAUAAAACAAAUAUUGGAUUCAAUGUUCAAAAUGUUAAAAGAAAACUUUUAGUUAUGACUUCUCCAAUCUUUUGAUUGAAUCUCAUGAAUUAAGUUUACUUACUGAUAGAAGUCAACAUCAAUUUUAAUUGAAUGAAGUAAAUUUUAUUUUAAUAUCAAUCUUUCAACACUUUAGAGUUAACUAAAUAUUGAACCAUAAAUAUUCUAACGUCGAAGAUCCAUGAAUGCGAUUGAUUUAUUUACUAAAAAUAAAUCACCAAUCAAAUAAGAAAAGUCUAAAAAAAUAACUUAAAAAUUAAAACAAUCCAUCAAUAAUGUUAAUAAAUAGAAUGUUCUUAAAUCAACUACUCAACUGAAAUAAAAUUCUGAAAAAAAACCAUCCCAUAAAAGAUGUCAAACUGGAAUUUUAGAUAAUAAAUAAGGUUUUUAAAAAAUAAAAUAUCUUAGUCUUAAAUACUAUGUUAAAUUCCUAAUAAUUAACAAAACAAAAAACUAGUCCUAUCUAAAAAUGCUCAUCUAUAUUUGACUAUUUACUGAGUCUCUCUUACUAGCAUACAAAAACAUCCGAUAGAAAAAAGUUUAAUCUCGCUAAUUCCUCGAAAGUUGACAGCAAGAAAAAUAUUAAAAGCAGAUGUCAUAGUUAAAUUUCAAUCAAAUAAAAAAUAAAAAAUUGA